GCCACCAUCAUGUCAGAGAAGAAGCAGCCGGUGGACCUGGGGCUCCUGGAGGAGGACGAUGAGUUUGAGGAGUUCCCGGCCAAAGACUGGGCUGGUUUAGAUGAAGACGAGGACGCUCAUGUUUGGGAAGAUAAUUGGGAUGAUGACAACGUCGAGGACGACUUCUCCAAUCAGUUACGAACUGAACUGGAGAAACACGGAUACAAGAUGGAGACCUCAUAGCAGUGCCCGGUGCUGGGGGAGAUGGAGGAGAGUCCCGUAGAACUGUCGGCAACACCUG